GGAACCCAUUUUAGGGUUUUCCGGAGUAUCUUGUGGGAAACACACUAUUUAGGGUUUUCGAGAGAAGAGAAAGAAACAGAGAGAAAAAAAAGAAAAUGGCGGCGAAUGGAGGAGCUACGGCGGCUGGUCAGCUGUCAGAGAAAGAAGUUGAUAUCCAGAUGAUGUUAUCAGCCGAUGUUCACCUUGGUACCAAAAAUUGCAAUUAUCAGAUGGAGCGUUAUGUCUUCAAAAGACGCAACGACGGUAUUUACAUUAUCAAUCUUGGAAAGACAUGGGAUAAGCUUCAGAUGGCUGCUAGGGUUAUUGUAGCAAUCGAAAACCCUAAAGACAUAAUUGUUCAAUCAGCUAGGCCUUAUGGUCAAAGAGCUGUCUUGAAGUUUGCUCAGUACACUGGUGCUAAUGCAAUUGCUGGAAGACACACUCCUGGUACCUUCACUAACCAAAUGCAGACUUCUUUCAGUGAGCCAAGGUUGUUGAUUCUCACCGAUCCAAGAACCGACCAUCAGCCAAUUAAGGAAGGUGCGUUGGGAAACAUUCCGACUAUCGCCUUCUGUGACACGGAUUCUCCAAUGGGAUUUGUCGACAUUGGUAUUCCUGCUAACAACAAGGGAAAACACAGCAUUGGUUGCCUGUUCUGGCUUUUGGCUCGUAUGGUUCUCCAAAUGCGUGGAACCAUUCUCCAAGCUCAGAAAUGGGAUGUCAUGGUGGAUCUGUUUUUCUACAGGGAGCCCGAAGAAGCAAAGGAAGAAGAUGAUGAAGAAUACGGGCUGCCUGCUCCAGAAUAUGGAAUGGUUGGUGGUGACCAGUGGACCACUGCUCAAAUCCCUGAUGCUGCAUGGCCUGGUGAACUCGAACAGCCGAUUUCUGCUGCACCUGCAGUUGGCGCUGCUGCUGGAUGGGACACUGCGGUUCCACCCCCAGCUUCUGUUCCAGCUGCUGGUUGGGAGUAAAAGUUCCCUUCAUUUUAAAUAAGCUCGAAUUCGGUUAAGAUAUAGACUUGAUUUUUUGUUCUUUUUGAGAUUUGGGGAGAGGAUUAGGACCAUAUUAGUUUGUUUUACUUUUCUUGCUUCUUGUCUCUUGAGAAUUGAGACCAUUAGCAUUAGGUGCAUUUUUGCCGGUAUUUCCAAGUUUCAACCGUAUAAGGGUAUUUCAUUGAAUUGACCAUGAGUUUCUAUUAAAGUUAAAUUUUUUCA